CUGAAUGCUAACUUCUAAUUAUAAGAGGUGCCAAGGCCUCAUGACAGGGAAGCUGCUCGUGGUCCGACGACUCAAGUCCCAAACAAGAUUUCUCCGGCUCUCGCGGCCAAGGGUGGCAAUGUCACGAAAGGAAAUCAUAAGAGGAAAUGGGAAAAUCUUCCGGAAGACGCUACAGCUAUACUGAUAGAGUACUUCAAGAGCCAUUUUACAAAUCCUUGUCCCACAGAACGCGAGGAGAUGGAGUUGAUGCGGCUGACGGGUUUGCAGAAGUCGCAAAUAGCCGAAUGGUUCACCACCGCACGUAAAGAGAAAUCCGAGCGCAUGCACCGCACAAUGAUGGCUGCUCAAUCGCAGAUAGCAAAACAAGCACAGACCGUCGCUGCUCACGCUCUACAUAGCACCCAGGCACAGACGCCAUACAGAUCUCCUUACGGACACCCUCGGAACGAACAACAACAGCUAAUUCCCAGACAUCCUCUGCCGACGCCACCUGUUAUCGAUCAAGCUCAACACCAGAAAGAACAAGAAGCCCUUUUUAAGGCUUUUGCAAUCAAACAUCAAUUCAAAAAUCUCGACUACUACAAACUAUCUUUCGAAGAGAUUGAAUCCGGAUCUGACGCUAAGAACUAUAGCAGAGAGGCCCCAACCAGUAGCUUGUUCGAAACAUUCGAUGAGCUGCUGGUUGUCAAACCAGCAUCAGGAUGCGUGGUCAAAAACCGUACAAAGCACAACAAGGGUAAACCGUUAACUUCCCAACAAAGAUCGCAACAUUUGUUAGAAGUCGAUAUUCUUUUCGACCUCAGAGCGCACCCAAAUGUAGUCUCUCUGUUUAGGGUUAUCGAGUCUGCUAGUACUUGGAACAUCGUUUUGGAGUAUUUCCCUGACGGUGAUCUAUGGACGGCUAUCCGGGACAGAGGGUUGGGGACCAGGGAGGAAAUCAGAAACACAUUCAGUCAGAUUCUCAAGGGUGUGGAAUUCUGUCAUGGCCGUGGAAUCUAUCAUCGAGACCUCAAGCCAGAGAAUAUAGUAAUGAGAGGCUCGCAGGUCGCACUUUCAAACUUCAGCACUGCUACCCGUGAGCAGAUCUCGCUCAAAGGAUGUGGGACGAUGCCCUUCAUGAGCCCUGAAUGCUACGCCUCAUACAACAACGACACGGAAACUCCAAUGCCGUACAAGUUGGCUCCCAGCGAUAUAUGGUCCCUUGGCGUUUUGCUCAUUACCUUGACGACAGGUCGAAGGCCUUGGACAAUCCCCACUGUGCAGGAUCAGGAAUACGAGGGAUUCUGGGAAUCUCGCGAAUUCCGAGACUGUGUACAUGCAUCCGGUGUGUCAAGAGAGAUUCUCACGGAGAAAAUACUUAACCAUGAUCCACAAGCACGAUCGAAUGCCACUCAACUAAAGAAGGACAUUGCAGAGACAUACUCCCGUUUUGAAGCCAUCUGAGUUUCGGAACAGGUAGUCUUCACAGAAGCAAGUUGCAUUGAAGUGAUUCCUGCUAGAGAUUAGGUAGAUCGGGUGAGUUAUUCACAGGAGGCGUGAAAUUUGGGAAGUGCGAAUUGGGCUACGACUGAU